AUUUUUUCAAUCAAAAACACAAUAUUAAAUUACUUACUGUACUAAUUCAGGAUAACAAUGAUGUAGCUUAGCCCUCAGGUCUUUACCACUGUGAUGAGCAGAGCAGGGGUGAAAACUGACUGUGUUAUCCUGAUUUUUCUUUCACUUGCCCCAGUAACAAUUACACCUACAGUGACCCUGGUACCAACAACAACUUCAGUUGCCCCUGUACCAACUACAGUUGCCCCAGUAGCAACAACAACUACAACAGCAACAACACCACCAGGGACCACAGCACCCUCAUGUCGUUACAACUGUGGCAGUUACCUGGGAAUCUGCUCGUGCUCACACGAUUGUCAAUACUAUGGCAACUGUUGCCCUGACUUUGAGGCGUAUUGUUCAGUGACAACUUACCCACCAAACACAGCGGCCCCUUGUGGAGGCUCGUUGUUUAGCUCCGGCACUUUCUCCAGCCCCAACCAUCCCUCCUACUACCAGGACAACAGCUACUGUGUCUGGCAGCUAAGGACUACAUAUGACCGAAGAAUAUUCCUGGCAUUCACAUACCUGCAACUGGAGAGCUGCUGCUCCUGUGACUACAUAUCUGUCUAUGAUGGGCCAGAUACUUAUUCCCCAUAUUUGGGGAAGGUUUGCAACAGCAGCAUGAACUCUUUCCACUCCUCUUCCGACUACAUGACUGUGGUCUUCCGCGCUGAUGGAUCUGUUGUCGCUCGAGGGUUCAAGGCUGAGUUCUUCAGCACUCUGACACCAAGCUCAGGUCACGUGGACUGCUCCUCAGAUUACAUGACCAUUGUGCUUAAGAACAGUUACCUGAACUCUCUGGGCUAUAACGGCAACAGUCUCUAUCUGAAUGACCCGUACUGCAGACCUCAGAUUUCCAGUUACCAGGUGGUCUUCAAAUUCCCCAUCAACAGCUGUGGCAAUGUUAAAGGGUUUCACAACGGCAAAGUCGUGUACACAAACGCUCUCCAUACCAGCGACAACAGCUCCGGAGAGAUCACACGGCGCUCUUACUUCAAGAUGAACGUCAGCUGUCUAAUGGAGCAGGACUCAGUCUCCCAGAUUUUGUAUGUUGUCCAACAUCCUGGUAAAAGCAGCAUUAUAGGCACGGGCAGAUUCAACACCAGCAUGGCCUUCUACACGUCCAGCAGCUACUACUCUAGGGUGACUCAAGAUCCUUAUGAGGUAGCACCCAAUCAGAACUUAUAUGUCCAAGUGGACCUGACACUGGGAGACAGCUCAGUGGUCAUCUUUCUUGAUACUUGCGUGGCUUCACCAUCCCCCCAUGAUUUUGAGACCAGACGUUACUACUUGGUCCGUAACGGAUGUCCCAUUGAUAACACCUACUAUUCCUACGUUUCUGGCAAUUGCACCUACGCCCGUUUCACAUUUAAGGCCUUCCAGUUCCUCCGAGCUAGUGAGUCGGUCUUCCUCCAGUGCAAAGUCCUGAUAUGCCAAGCCUCUGACUACAACUCCCGCUGCCGCCGUGGCUGCAGCAAUCGUGUUGCCAGAGACCUGGCGUCACAGCAAGAAAGCCAAACUCUGGUACUGGGUCCCAUUAAACUCAAAGGCCCUGGGAAACAGGAAGAAGGGACUAAUGAGCAGAGCAAGGCCUAACUUGACACUGCAGCAUCAUACUCCAAUCAACUUUUAACAACUCUUUCUGUUCCAUUUUAUUAUGAUUUAUUGUGAUUAAAAGCAUCAU